ACACAGCCCUGAAUGAACCGCCAUUGGGGCCCUGCCUGGGCCUACAUACAGGUCAUGUUCAGCUAACCACAUCAUAUGACAUAGCAAUCUAUCAGUCGAAAGACGAUGGCGUCACACACAAGCAUUGGUUGAUGCAUGUAGUCGACUACAGACGUUAUUGACGUGAAUCUACUUUUAUUUUGAAAAUAUAUUUCUAGUCUACUACUGCUGGAAACUCCGCCCACUUCAACGACUAUUCGUUCCUAGUUUGCCUUUGCGCUGAUUUCUCUACUCACAGCGAUCUACUUUUUGGCGAUUUAGUCAUGUCUUUGGAGGUGGAAUCAGCCGACGUGAUUCGUCUGAUAAUGCAGUACCUGAAAGAGAACAAUCUGCACCGGACAUUGACCACCUUACAGGAAGAGACCACGGUGUCUUUGAACACUGUGGACAGUAUCGAGAGUUUCGUGGCAGACAUCAACAGUGGCCAUUGGGAUACUGUACUGCAAGCUAUUCAGUCCCUCAAGCUCCCUGACAAGACUUUGAUAGACUUGUAUGAACAGGUGGUGUUGGAGCUCAUUGAGUUGAGAGAGUUGGGAGCAGCCAGGUCUUUGCUAAGGCAAACAGACCCCAUGAUCAUGCUGAAGCAGACGCAACCAGAGAGGUACAUUCACCUGGAGAACCUGCUGGCUCGCUCCUACUUUGACCCCAGAGAGGCCUACCCAGAUGGCAGCAGUAAGGAGAAAAGACGGGUGGCCAUCGCCCAGGCCCUGGCCGGGGAGGUCAGCGUGGUGCCCCCCUCCCGUCUCAUGGCCUUGCUGGGACAGUCCCUAAAAUGGCAACAGCACCAGGGUCUCCUGCCCCCAGGUAUGACCAUUGACCUGUUCAGGGGCAAGGCAGCCGUGAAGGACGUGGAGGAGGAGCGCUUCCCCACACAGCUCACUAGACACAUCAAGUUUGGGCAGAAGUCCCAUGUGGAGUGUUCCCGCUUCUCCCCUGAUGGUCAGUACCUAGUCACAGGAUCAGUGGAUGGUUUUAUCGAGGUCUGGAACUUCACCACUGGCAAAAUCAGAAAGGAUCUCAAGUACCAGGCGCAGGAUAACUUCAUGAUGAUGGACGAUGCAGUGCUGUGUAUGUGCUUCAGCAGGGACACAGAGAUGCUGGCCACAGGGGCCCAGGAUGGCAAAAUAAAGGUGUGGAAGAUCCAGAGUGGUCAAUGCUUGCGGCGCUUUGAGCGCGCCCACAGUAAAGGUGUCACGUGCCUCAGUUUCUGCAAGGACAGCAGCCAGCUGCUCAGUGCUUCCUUCGACCAGACCAUCAGGGUUCACGGAUUGAAGUCGGGCAAGUCGCUGAAAGAGUUCCGAGGACACUCCUCAUUUGUUAAUGAAGCAACAUUCACACCUGACGGCCACCAUAUCAUCAGCGCUUCCUCUGACGGCACUGUGAAGGUGUGGAACAUGAAGACCACAGAAUGCACUAACACCUUCAAGUCCCUGGGCACCUCGGCCGGCACCGACAUCACAGUCAACAACGUCAUCCUUCUGCCCAAGAACCCAGAGCACUUUGUGGUGUGCAACCGCUCCAACACUGUUGUCAUCAUGAACAUGCAGGGCCAGAUUGUGAGAAGUUUCAGCUCUGGUAAGAGGGAGGGAGGAGACUUUGUCUGCUGUACACUGUCUCCACGUGGCGAGUGGAUAUACUGUGUAGGAGAGGACUUUGUGCUCUACUGCUUCAGCACAGUCACCGGCAAGCUGGAGAGAACCCUAACAGUCCAUGAGAAGGAUGUGAUUGGCAUCGCCCACCACCCCCAUCAGAACCUAAUCUCCACGUACAGUGAGGACGGCCUACUCAAGCUCUGGAAACCCUGAGCAUAUACCUUAACCCCACAAGCCCCCUUCAUCAGCAUGCCAGCUGCUUUUCCCAUGGGAUGCUGCAGUGUUUCCUCUACCAUCACUUUAGGUGGGCCAGGUAGUGACUCCCAUCUAGCUCUUUUUGUUCAGACUAAAAUGUUUUGGGACCCAAUUUAUUCAAAUUGGCAGUAUGUGUUGCUGUUUCGGGGCACCUGUGCCACGCCUCAGAGAAAGUGUAGCUAGGGGAAACACUGGGGUAAUGGGAGUGCAGGCAUGGGCUUUAGACAUACCUUUUUUAAUACAAACUUUUCUUUAUGUAAAUAUUUUUUUAUAGUUUUUUUUUCUUCCAAUAACAUCUGGUUGGGUAUUUUGCCUCAUUUGUCAGUCAGGUCAACAAUUGCUUGUGUUACUGCACAGCAAGAAAUGGAAAGGGCUUUCAUUUGUCUCUGGUGAAUGACUCAUGUUGAUUUUUGUAUCCCCGAUCUGAUAUACCUUUUCAUGUGUUGCUGUGUGUUCCUAGAUGUGAAAUGCAUGUGUUAUUGCUAUUACGUAUGGAUUGUCAUGUACUAUUUCUUGUCUGUCCCAUUAAAGAUAUUUGAUCAGGUA